CCAAAUGCAGGGAAACUUCCUCUUCUUAUUUUUAUUUCUUCUAUAAAGUGAACUUGACCCUUGUUCUAGUCAGUCGCCCAUAGGAACGCGAGAGUCUAUGAGAAAGUAUCUUCGCUGAAACUUCCAAAUUCUUAUAAAUUAUGAAUACCAACCCACCAUUUUGAUAUGCAAUCUCUCUCUCCCCCAAUUCAGUUAUGUCAAUUUCCCAUAAUUUUUUGUCCAAUAUCAAUAUGGGGAAGCACCAAGUUGAUCCAAAAUUUGUUGCCAACAACUCGGACCCUGGUAGUCCUACAAUCAGUGAAGAAAGAAGUCAAUCACUAGUAGACUACUCAUUUUUCCCAUCAGACAAGUCGGAGUUUGGUAGUUGCAGUCGGAUAUGGAAUGAAACAAAUCCAGACGACUUCUCUGUCUCCAUUUCAACACUAUUCCCAGCCAACAACUCUAACAGUGACGCUAAUUCAGAUUCAAAUGAAACACCUCCAAGAUUAUGUCAUUAUUCCAAUUCCAUAGUAUCAUUCUUCUCACCUGCCAGGUCUCAAACAGACAGUAGUUCCGAAAAUUAUGAGAUAAUAAUUCCAAAUCCUUCCAUUACAACACCCUCCUCAUUUUCUCACUUUUUUCCACUACCUAAUGGACAAACAAGUCUUUCCAUUCCGUUAAUCUUCCCACCCACCAUGACUGAGACUGAAACAGAAGAAAGUUGUUCAGAAUCUAACAAAACACCUCGUGCAGAAGCACAAUUCUCUUGUUCCAUAGUGUCACUCUUCCCACCAGCCAGGUCUCAAACAGACAGUAGUAGUUGUGAAAAUUAUGAAAUAAUUCCCACUGAUCAUUCCAUAUCAGCAAGCCCUAAACGAACAAUCCGAACAGCUAUCUUCAAACACUUGACUGAGUUUCUUAAGCCAAAAAGCAAUAAUAGUCUAAAAUUCUCUCAUACCAAAAAAAAUUCCAUACUGUCAGCGUUUUCCGCAGCCAUAGACUUGAUCAAUAUUAUUCAUAGCAAACAAUUUCCUUUGCAAAUGCUACUUAAAGCCACUAACAACUUCUCAAAAGAUAACAAGAUUGAAACACGUAGCUCUGGUUCCGCCUACCGUGCCAUUUUAAGUGAUGGCCGAGAAGUGGCCGUUAAGCGCAAGGACAAUGACCAUGCUUUCCAAUGUGAAUUGAAAACUUUGUCCCGCCUCAAUCACAGUAAUCUUAUUCGCUUGUUGGGAUAUUGUAAGGAUAGAAACGUACGCAUAUUGGUCUACAAGUACAUGAAAAAUGGGACCCUUUAUGAUCAUCUUCAUGAGCUAAAAAGUACUCCUCUAAUGUCAUGGGCAACUCGGAUUAAGGUGGCACUAGACGCAGCUAGAGGCAUUGAGUACCUACACGUGUAUGCAGUACCACCAAUCAUACACCGCAAUAUCAAGUCGUCUAACAUAUUACUAGAUGCCACAUGGACUGCAAAGGUGUCUGAUUUCAGCCUAUCUGAGGAGGCUCCAGAUGAUGAAAAGUCACACCAUUGGUCUGAUGACAAUUAUCCGGUGGUGGGCACCAUUGGUUACAUGGACCCCGAGUACUUUGUUCUUCAAAAGUUGUCGACCAAAAUUGAUGUGUACAGCUUUGGAGUAGUAUUGCUAGAAAUGUUGUCUGGGUACAAGGCAGUUCAUUACCUUGAAAAUGGUGAGCGUCGGACUUUAGUUGAUUUUGUAGUGCCAUACAUUGUCCGGCAUGAAAUUCACAAGGUUUUGGACCCAAAAGUAGCACCACCUACCCCAUUUGAAAUGGAGGCACUAGCAUAUGUUGGGUUCCUAGCAUUGGUUUGUGUAAGUCUAAGAGGUCAAGAUCGCCCCUCAAUGACUGAGAUUGUAAAUAGCCUAAAAAGUGCUUUGGACACCUGUAGAUCUGAAUGGUGAAGAGUGCUCAUUUAAUGGUGCCACCUUAUACGACUGACAUGUUCUAUCAUCGAAAAUUUAUUCUGCUUAGAUUUCAGGCAUCUAAAGGAUGAGUGAAGAAAAGAUACUUGCGGAUUCCCCACCAAUUUAACUUUCUUUACUCAUUUUAGAAGAAAAAUUAAAAAUUCUAGAAAACGUACUUGUAUUCUUUCUUGUAAGAUCUGGACAAAAUUGUGCUGCCCAACUAAAACCCACAUAUUCUUCUUGUGUGGUAAUUAAAUUACUGUGAAGCUUGUGUACCCCCCACGGCCCAUGCCACUGGA